AUGGUGGAUACCUCUUUCUCGUGCUGUCUUUGUAUUGAACAGACUGCUGUGUUGGUUGAUCCAUCUCCACAGGGGUUUGUUGAAUGCGCAGUCGACUAUCGCCGUCGGCAAUAUUUGACUUAUUCAUGCUUCGUGUCGUGUCGGACUCCGCUGUCCUCAUGCAGUUCUUGUCGCUCCCUGCGGAGGCAUACAAUAGAGAGGGUUUCCGUUCGUGUGGUCGUAAAAGUUGCUGCUCUGCAAAACUUGCUUCCAGCAUUCAAGGUUGUGGAGAUUGUCGGCUGCAAAAACAAGAUUUCGGAUCUGAACAUCCUCAAAGCUUAUAGUUUUGUGACAAAUUGGCAUAUUUACGAUCCGUCCCGAAAAUAG